AGGACGUAUUACACAGGCUCCUGAAGUGAAAGUCGAAAACGCCGUCGUUUCUUCGUCGCCGUCUUCUUCUUCGUCUCAAGCUCUCUCUCUCUGUCUAAUUAAUUGCGUUCGGCUUCGACCUCCCUCAGGAGCUACAUCUGAUUCCGGCCAUCUCUCAGCUUCAGAAGACAAAGGAACAGAACAAGUGGAAGAUGUUUCAGUCCUUUGCUUUGUGAUUAUAUACAAAGAUGACAACAAUCGAAACCGAUCAGAAAACUCAAAAGUCUUCUCCUUGCGGUUCUGCUGCUAUUGCUACCCCUAAGCAGCCAUCAGCAUCGUUUAAAAGGUGGGGAAGGAGACACCCAUUUGUAAGAUAUGGACUUCCAAUGAUAUCUCUCACUGUAUUUGGAGCCCUCGGACUCGGCCAACUCCUUCAAGGCAGUAAGGACAUCGCAAAGGUAAAAGAUGACCAAGAAUGGGAGAUUAUAGAGACAAGAAAGGCGCUUUCGAGGACAGGACCUGUUGAUGCUUAUAAACCUAAAAACACAUCCAUCGAAGAUGAGCUCAAGGCUAUGCAAGAGAAGGUGGACAUUAACGCGUAUGAGUACAAGAAAAUUCCAAAGCUAAACGAAAGCCAGUCGGAUUAAGUGAAGUCAGAAUUUGUAUCAGAAACUUUUCCUUCGUAGAUGUGUUUCAGUUCUAAAUGACUCUUCACCUAAGCGUCCAAGUAAGAAAAACAAAGAGGGGUAGAGAGGACCAUUUUUUUCAUUGAACCGUAAUGAGCCGGUUUAAAAAGUCCAGUUGUUGAUAAUAACACCACUUGACUAAAACACAUACUGUAAGUUCUUUCAUAAAGUUAGUGGUUGGUAACUUGGUAAUCAAUAAUCAUGACUCUUAUUUCGAAUUCAA